GUAAAUUCGUCAUUUCACAAAAAGCAUUUUAUCUGUUUUGUCGUCUACGAAAAUACUCAGAAGAGAAGGCAUCUGAGAAAAAAACCCAAUCUCUCAUCUUCUUCUUCAAUUCAAUACUUUCUUCUCCAUCUCUCCUCUCAAAUCAAACAACUUUGAUCUUCGCUAAUCAAUUCCACAUGAAGCGCAGUUCUACCGACUCUGAUUUGGACGGUGAUGCUCAUAACGAGACACACAAGAAGAUGAAGAGUACGGAGGAAGACGAUUCAGAAAUCGGAUUCUCCAAUUUAGACGAGAAUCUAGUGUACGAGGUUUUGAAGCACGUUGACGCAAAGACCUUAGCUAUGUCUUCAUGCGUGAGCAAGAUCUGGCACAAAACGGCACAAGACGAGCGGCUUUGGGAGCUGAUCUGUACACGUCACUGGACUAACAUCGGCUGCGGCCAAAACCAGCUCAGAUCUGUGGUCUUGGCGCUUGGUGGCUUCCGACGUCUCCACUCACUUUACCUCUGGCCUCUCUCUAAACCUAAUCCGCGUGCUAGAUUCGGUAAAGACGAGCUUAAACUCACUCUUUCUCUUCUCUCAAUUCGAUACUACGAGAAGAUGAGUUUCACUAAGAGACCUCUCCCAAACUCCAAUUAAUUACUACAAAUUCUUAGGGUUUAUUUGGUUUUUAUCUUAUGUUUGUAUUUGGAGUUUGUUGAUUGUUUAAGUGUGAUGUGAUGCUCAAAGCUGGCAAUAAAAUUUGUUGUAUUCAUAGCCAGACUGUUAGCAACAGUUGUGUUCUGUAAUAAUAGAGGCUGAUGAGAAUA